AUGAGCGAUAGAGAAACGCUUGGCAAUAACGGUGCGGAUGACGACUUGUCGCUUCCAAAAGACGCUAAAAAAACGAUUGCUGCGGAACAUGUCAUUGAUGCACUCAAGAAUUAUCUUACCGAAGUACAAGAAGUCUUAAAGGAACACAAAAAAUUGCAAAAAGAUCGUGAUAAGAAAAGCUCUAGGUUGGAAAAUUCCGGAAUGACUGAAGAAGAACUAUUGAGGCAACAAGAACUCUUGUUUGCACAGUCACGUCUUAAAUAUCAGGCUCAACAGCAAUCGUAA